AUGGCGUACACCAGUCCACCCACCGAGUACUCGCUGUACAUGUCGGCAAAAGAAGAUUCUGUAUGGGUUGGAGUUUGGCUUCAUGUAGGUGGUGUAGUCUGCGGCGUAGGUGGUCCAUCCGGCAGCGAAACCGAAGAUGGUUCCUCCGAAAGAGAGAACGCUGCCGGCAAAAGUCUCGCCGGACCCCCACAGAGUGUAAGUUCCGUCGUCGUUGGGCACGCCCGCCACGAAGACGUCGUCCAUGGACAAUCUGGCGAUGAUGGCGAUGAAAGCGACGACGUUAGGAAUCCAGGACCAUUUCUCGUACGCGUGGAUCACGUUGUAGCCGAAAAAGGUGACGAUGAUGGUCAGGAUGACAAUGAUCAAACAUCCGGCCCACGCUGGCAGAGCAUGGUUGUUGACCAUGUUGAGCAGCUGGGCAGAGGCCAUGAUGUUCACGGCACCCCAACCGACACAGGCAACGACGUUGAUGAAGGCAAAGAUCCGCAUCGCAAUAUCUCCCACAAGGUAUCUCGAAAGCACCAUCUGUCUGAGACCGAACUUUGCUCCGUGGAUGGAGAAGAAGGCCACUGGAAUGGCACCCAAGAGAUUGAAGAAAAUAAUGGCCAACACAGAGGUGCCGAAGUCAAGGCCAAAAACACCGUAGGACAAACAUCCAAUGUUGAACGUGGCAAUCACCAUGUUGGCAGAGAGCCACAUGGAGGCGCAGGUCCAAAGAGAGGUCUGGGUUUUCUCCAGCACGGGAAUCAUCUCUAUACCUCUCGUUUCACCAUGGAACAUGCUCAUGAUGUUGGCGUAGAAGCCAGAGAGUCUGGUCUUCUCCACCUCGGAGGUCUCUUGGACGAAAGGCUCGUCGCUCAGCGACUCGUCGAUCUUCUUCUCAGGGUCUGGGGCCAUUUUGUGCUGAUUGAACGGGCAGAUAACGUUCGUUUAUAUAGAAAAUUUUUUACUCUGGAUGACAUGCGGCCAGCUAACAAUGCACGCUGCGCGCCGAACAAUGCGGAAAGCCAUACGGACUCGUUUUAUCUGAUAUCUGGCUAA